GGACAAUCCAGAUGAUUACCAAAAGCUUCGGGACUACUUUCCUCAAUUGUCCUACAACACUAGAAUGACGCAUCUAACAUCUCGCAAAUUUCUGGUCGUGACAUAAACGAUGUCAAAGAAAUAGAACGACAUGGUCCUCAACGCCACAUUCUUAAUCCAUCUCGAAGAUGUAUACCCGUCUGGGUGCGGUGUUCCGGUAUUGCAUCGGAGCCGUUGCUGACAGACACCCUGACGGGCAUACCGUAGAACACAGCAUGCUGAGUAUCUACGUACUUGACAUAUCUAUAUGAUGCCGUGGGGUCGCUGACCAGAAAGCGGUUCAUUAAUCUGACAACACAAAAUGAAGCUUGACGGAAUCGCACUCGUUACAGGGGCAGGUAUGCCAAUUUUUCUGCUCUCCGCCUUUCUGCCCUCUUAGAUUAAUCUUCACCACUUUCACAAUGAGGAUCUCUCAUGCUGACUCAGAUAUCUAUAGGAAGUGGCAUCGGCCGCGAUUGUGCGAUUGCCUUUGCAGUUGAAGGUGCAUCUGGUGUAGGCUUCGCUGAUCUGAACCUUGCUGCCGCCCAAAGCGCCGCUCAUGAUGCUAGAGCGAAAGCUACGAAUCCCAACUUCCGCGCGAUCGCCAUUGAGGUCGAUGUGAGCAGUGAAGAGAGCGUUAUCAGGAUGGUCCAAAUUGCAAAGAAGGAAUUCGGGCGUAUUGAUUACAGUGUCAAUAGUGCUGGCGUAAGUUUGAAAGGAUUUCCAAAGUGUUUUGCAAUAUCCAUCCGGGGAUGUAUUUGCUGAUAACCGAGAUGUAGAUAGGGGUUCAGCAACCACGGCCCGUCACCGAUAUGGUGAUUGACGAAUUCCAGGCCUUUUUCGAAGUCAAUGUCAAAGGCACCAUGCUGUGUGUGCGAGAGGUCAGCCAAGUGAUGAAAAACCAGGAACCGAAGGUGGUAGAGGGAAGGACCGGACCACGCGAUGCGGGCCGUGGCAGCAUCGUAAAUCUUGGAUCUGGCAAUAGUUUUGUUGCGACACCAGCAAUCGUCCAAUAUACGGCUGCCAAACACGCUAUCAUGGGCAUCACGAAGACUGCUGCCCUCGACACAUCGCCGUACGGGAUUCGCGUAAAUGCUGUUUGCCCAUCAUGGGUAGAGACGCCCAUGGUCGAUCGCGCGUUCGCUGAGCAGCAGGAAUUCUUUGCUGCUCUGGUCAAAGCUAUUCCCGCAGGAAGAAUCGCGACUCAAGAGGAGGUAUCAGAUGUGAUCCUCUUCUUGAGCAGCCCGAAAUCGAGCUACGUGACGGGAACAGGUUUCAUCGUGGAUGGAGGAACGACGCUGCAAAUGAAGAUAUAAAUUGUAUAUUCGCCAACGCCGUUUCUAUAUGCUAGGAACCAAUGUAACCAUCGUGUCUCAAUAGGCUGUGGUGUGCGUGUGCGUGUGAAUCUCAUCUCGCGAGCGAAGUGCUUGACGCGAUCCAGGUUCGCGACACUCAUGGUCGUGUUGAACACCGCCCGCCAAAACCUCGGGACAAGUUUCAACCAAUCAAUCCUGCCCAUUCGCCCCACGGAUAUUUUUAUGUGUAAAUAAGACCUCCACUGUCACCAAUUCAGCAUAUCAGAGUUAUCUUUCCUAUACUAGUAGAGAUGAUGAUUGUGAUAGAUCCUGGAUUCACUUGAUCUUUCACAGCUCAAGUUAUUGGUUGUUAGACUAUCGGGCUUAGAGAUAGACACAGUCCCCUCGCAGAAGUAGCAAGAUUCUAGGGUAUCUACUAGUGUGUCAUAGGGUAUUUCAAAGUACUUUUUAUAUGACUUGCUUAUCUCCACAGGUUCUGGGGUCGCGAAACAUGCUGCUAUUUUUGCGAAAAGACCAUGCUUGCCUCCUCUAGUACCUUAAUUAUUAGGAGCUGAAUACGAUAUAAC